AUGAGAUUCCUCGUGGAUCGGUCAAAACUGACUGUUGUAGUAGCAAAAUUCUCUUGUGGAGCGCCCCGAGCGGGCGCAGAGAAGGGCCCGCAAGCCAUCAUCGACACCGGGGUUUUUUCUGAUAUACGGACAAGGACCAAUAUUGCUCUUGAUUUCGUUGAGUUGUCUCAAGAUGACCAAGGGUCUCAGAUUCCAUCAGAUACGGACGUGAUGGGAAUGAAGAAACCACGGGAAGUGAGUGCGGCUUCUGCGCAUAUCAGUAGCUCUGUCUACCAACAAGCACGGCUAGGACGAUUUGUGGUUACUUUGGGAGGUGAUCACUCCAUUGGCGUUGGCACGGUGUCCGGAACGGCCAAGGCUAUUGACGCGCAUGCUGACAUCAACAGACCGGAGACCAGCUUGAGCGGAAGAAUUCACGGUAUGCCAGUGGCAUUCGUAUCUGGCAUGGCAAAAUCUCCGAAAAAAGGCAUCUUUGAUUGGUUGGAGCAAAACCAUUUGAUCAACCUUCGGAAAUUUGUUUACAUCGGUCUCCGUGAUGUAGAUGAGGCUGAGCAGGAGACGAUAGCUAAAACCGGCAUUAAGGCCUUCACUAUGAAAGAUGUCCAACGGUAUGGUGUUGAGAAGGUCAUGGACCUAGCCCUCAGUCAUAUUGGAAGUCAAACUCCGAUCCAUGCAUCUUACGAUAUCGACUCCCUGGACCCGAAGUGGGCUCCAUCCACUGGGUUUCCAGUAGCAUCGGGGCUUUCACUGGAUGAAGGCGUGGUUAUUGCGAAGCGUCUUCAUGAAAGUGGAAAUCUGAUUGCCUUGGACCUGGUUGAAAUCAAUCCCGACAUUGCUACUUCUCACCUGAAUGUGACACUCAAUGCGGGCUGUAAAUUGAUCAAAAAUGCGCUAGGAGUGGUAGAUUGUCCGUGA